GGCACGUGGGCAGGGGCGGGGGGGCCGGCACCGGGACACCGGGACACCGGCACCGGGGGCAGCUCGGGGCACGGGGCCAGCCCCGGCACCGCGGCGCUCACCCGGCCGCCCCCCCUCUCCCCAGCAGGUCCCGGAGGCACCGAGCAUGGCGGCGGCGAGCAGCGGGGAGCAGCCGGGGCUGUGCAGCGGGGAGCAGCCGGGGCCGCCGGACAUCCCCGAGCCCGAGGACUUCGUGUACGGGGAGGACGAGUUCGUGCUGCAGGGGGUCUCCUGGCCCGGUGCUGCACCAUCCCGCUUCGACCGGGCCCUGCUGGGCGCGUGGCAGGACCGCAUGGCGCGGGGCCUGUUCCGCUACCGCCUCGGGGAGCUGCCCACGCGCGUGCUGCCCGGUGCCAUGGGGCUGGUGGCGCAGCUCAACCCGCAGCGCGCCACGCAGCGCCGGCCGCCGCAGGCCAUCCGCAGCCUGACGCAGCCCUUUGACCCGCAGCAGUUCAACUUCACGCGGAUCCGGCCCGGGGAGGUGCUGCUGUGCCUGCGGCGCCACUUGGGGGGCGACCCGCCGCCCCUGGACCGCGUGCUGGUGGCCAUCAACGUCAGCCCGCUGGAGCGCGGCCACGUCCUGCUGCUGCCCGAGCCGGCGCUGGGGCUGCCGCAGGCGCUCACCCCGCAGCUGCUGCGCGUCGGGCUGGAGGCCGUGCUGCUCAGCACCCAGCCCGGCUUCCGCGUGGGCUUCAACAGCCUGGGCGCCUCGGCCUCCGUCAACCACCUGCACCUGCACGCCUUCUACCUGGCCCACCCGCUGCGCAUUGAGUCGGCGCCCGCCGAGCCGCUGCUCCCCGAGGGGGGCCCGGCCCUGCUGCGGGACGUCCCGGCACCCGCGCUGCUGUUCUACACGGCGGGCACCGAGCUGCGGGCCGUGGCGGAGGCGGUGUGCGGGCUGGCGGCCGGGCUGGCGGCGCGAGGCCUGGCUUACAACGUGUUCGCCACGCGGGGAGCGCCGCCGGCGGGGGGGGCGGCCGCGGGGCUGCGGGUGCUGCUGUGGGCGCGGCGGCCGAGCUUCGAGGAGCCCGAGGAGCCCGACGAGGCGGUGCCGGCCGUGGCGCUGUGCGAGCUGGCCGGGUACCUGCCCCUGCCGGCCGCCGCCCCCUUCGCGGCGCUGUCGGAGGCCGAGGCUCUGCGCGCCCUGCGCCGCCCGCUGCUGCCCGAGCCCGAGCUGCGCCGCCUGCUGCGGGACCUGCUGCCCGCCACGCCUCGGGACACGUGACCCUUCCGGGCACGUGACCGCCCGCCCACGUGCCCGCUCGAUGGUUGCCGGGGGGGGGGGGGGGGCGUCGCCAUGGAGACGGCGGCGGCCCCGCAGCGGCGCCAUGGAGGCGGGCGGGGGGGGCGCGGCCGCGGGGGCUGAGGGUGGGAGCCGGGCCCCGGCCCCCGGCACCGGCACCGGGCACGGCGCCGCCGGGACCCCCCCCUCCGGCACGGGCACGGGGCCGCGGGGGAAGCGGAAGAAGCGCAGGCGAGUGCGGCGGGGGGGGGGUGGCACGGGGGGGUCCGUCCGUCGGUCGGUCUGUCCAUCAGUCUGUCUGUCCGUCGGUCGGUCUGUCUGUCCAUCUGUCCGUCGGUCCGUCCGUGCUGCCCGCAGCCGCGCACAUAAAGCCUGUCCAUGCAC